AUGGUGCAGUGCCCAGUCUGCAAUAGGUCUGUCAGUGAGGCAGAUAUCAACACACACUUGGAUGCAAGCUGCGAGAAACACACUGCAAGCCCACCUCUCCAACAGCAGACAGCAACGUGUCAGCCCAAGUUAUUUCAGAUGCAAACCAAACUUCAGUUUCUAAAGAGUCCCAAUCACAAACGAUCAAGAGAUGAACUUGAUGGUUAUAAAGAGCCCAUACAGAAUGACAUUGGCAAUACUCUCAUGAGUGUUUAUAAACCACCGCAUGUGUACAGACCAUUGGCUGAUCUCGCUCGUCCAACAUCCCUCAACGAGUUUUUUGGACAUGAAGCAGUUGUGGGUCAGACUUCAUUGUUGCGGCAGUUGAUUGAAUCAAAAAAAGUUCCUUGUAUGAUUCUGUGGGGACCUCCUGGGUCUGGAAAAACAACUUUGGCUCGUAUUAUUGCCAAAGAACUUGGAGUACAUUUUAAGGAAAUGUCUGCCACCAUUCACAAUGUUUCAGAUGUCCGAAAGUCUUGUGAGGAAGCACGAACUCAAAGAAAGCUUACAGGAAAGAAAUCUAUAUUGUUUCUGGAUGAGAUUCAUAGGUUCACAAAGGCUCAGCAAGAUUUCUUUCUCCCUCCUGUUGAGCAAGGAGAGUUUACAUUUAUCGCAGCAACGACCGAGAAUCCAUCGUUUAGGGUAAAUGCAGCACUGCUGUCCAGGUGUAAAGUAUUCGUGAUGGACAAAUACGAAUCUGCAUCCUUGUGUCAGAUUCUCCGACAUUCGCCAUUUGUCAUUCCAGACAAUGUCAUUGCAUACAUAUCAACAAUGUGUGACGGUGAUGCAAGAGUAUCCAUAAAUGCUCUGGAAAUGGCACUUGAUGCUGCAGUUCAUUCAAAACUUGAUCAACUCACUCUGCCAGCUGUGCAGCUUGCUCUAUCUAAAUCGCAUCUUCUUUACGAUCAUGAUGGCGAAGAGCAUUACAACAUCAUAUCCGCUUUACAUAAAAGCAUGCGAGGAUCAGAUGCGGAUGCUGCUUUAUACUGGAUGGGAAGAAUGAUCUUUGCUGGUGAGGAUCCGUUGUAUGUUGCUAGAAGGUUGGUCAGGUUUGCUUCAGAGGAUAUCGGACUAGCCGACUCCUCUGCAUUGACGUUAGCCAUGUCGACAUACCAAGCCUGUCAGGUUAUUGGCAUGCCCGAGUGUGAUGCCAUUCUUGCGCACUGUGUAACGUAUUUGGCAAGAGCUCCCAAAAGCGUUGAAACGUACCGGGCUGUAAAAAAGGUCAAGGAUACGAUUAUGAAUUCACAUGCAUAUCCCGUUCCUCUGCAUUUAAGGAAUGCACCUACGCAGCUUUUGCAGCAAGUCGGGUAUGGUGCUGGAUAUAUUUACAACCCCGAUCAUAACGGACCAGUAGACCAAGAAUACUUUCCUUUACAGAUGAAAGGAACAAAAUUUUUGUGA